UUGCGGAGCAGGCGAGGGUGGGAAAGCUGCUGCGGAAACGUCUCCAGAACGCGAGCUCUCGUGUCCGGGGAGCACCGGUGCAGCCAGCACUUCCUCCUUUCCCUCCUGAUCCAGCCUGCUGGGCUUUGUACUACGCGCGCAAAGCCCGCCUUACCCCGGAACUUAACCGUUGACGCAAUGAGGUUUUAAAUCCUCGGAACACUGAUUCAGGAACUCCUCACCUCUCCUAAGAACCUUGGGAUUGGUAGAGCGCGGAACUUAUGAAGAGCUCUGAUUGGCUGUCAUAGUAGCACGUUGUGGUGACUUGACGAGACGCCUUUAGCUCCGCCCUUGCUUCCUGACUGGCGGGGAUUCCAACCAGUCAGGAGGGGCGGCGCGCCCUUCGGUUUCUCGAGCCGGUGUUUGCCGCCUUGGUUCCCGCGACCCCAACGUAUCUGAGGCGGGGCCCGGGCCACCUGAGCUGCUCCUUAGGAGCCGACCUCUGUUUUGAUCCAACAAACACACCCCAUAUGGGCGAGGUAACGUGCCUGGCAUGGUGUUUUGAAGUUGAGGGGAGAGGUCCCUGGAAGUACGGUGUCAGCUGCGAGGCGGAUCACUAUCCUGUGAACCUGGGUAGGAGGACAUUGAGGAUUUAAGUUGCAUAAAUCAUUCACCAAAUACCAUGCAACCUGUAUAUCCUCUUGGGAAGGCCCAGAUGAAAACCAGGCUUCCUUCAAGCAAGAUGGUACCUUUCCACUUUCCUCCAUCCAAGUUAGCCCUUUGGAACCCAACACCAAUUGGAGAUUUUGUCUGUUUGCAUCUUAAUUACUACAGAAAUCCAAAACUUAUGGUGACUGAAAAGAUCAUCCGACUUGCUUAUCGUCAUGCUAAGCAGAAUAAAAAAAAUACGCCGUGCUUUUUAAUUGGUUCUUUCACAGUGGAUGAAGAUGAAGAAGGUGUGACAUUGGCAGUAGAUCGCUUUGAUCCUGGGCGAGAAGUGCCUGAAUGCUUAGAAAGAACUCCUACUGCUUCUCUUCCUGGGGACUUUUUGGUCAACUGCAAAGUUCGUACUCAAGGACUUUGUUCAAGAGAAGUAGCAGUUCACAAUGCAGAUGACUUCAGUUCAGCUUUUAAGGCCAUACAACACCACGUGUGUAGCAAAGAUUCCUUGGACUGUGGUAAGCUGCUUUCUCUCAGAGCUCAGAUCACUUCCAGAGAGGAUUUGGACACUGUGGAGUUUGACUUGCAUUGGGCAGCAGUAACUCCAGCAAAUAAGUUUAAAUGCACACCCGUGAAGCCCAUUCCUAUUAUCCCAACAGCCCUGGCAAGAAACUUGGCUAGUAAUCUGAAUAUUUCUCAAGUUCAAGGUACCUAUAAAUAUGGGUAUCUUACCAUGGAUGAAACCCGAAAAUUGUUACUUUUACUGGAAUCAGAUCCCAAGGUUUGUUCUCUACCACUAGUGGGAAUUUGGCUGUCUGGAAUUAUACACAUCUAUAGUCCUCAGGUAUGGGCUUGCUGUUUGAGAUAUGUAUUCAAUUCUUCUAUUCAAGAAAGGGUUUUUUCAGAAUCUGGACAUUUUGUCAUAGUUCUUUAUUCGUUGACACAUAAGGAACCUGAGUUUUAUGAAUGCCUCCCAUGCGAUGGAAGGACCUCUGACCUUCAAUUUCACUUACUAUCCAGCAAGGAAACAUUACGUGUUUUCAAUAAUGUUGAGCCUUCUGACAGAAAUCCAAUCCAUUUCGAACUGAGUGCUGAAAGCCAAGAUGUAGAAACAGAGUUUUUCAGCAAGAUUUCCAAGGGUAUUUCCAUUAAAAGGUCUUCCCAAAAAUUACCUCCUGGGAAAAUACCAAUAAAUGAUCAUGACUCUGGUGUUGAAGAUGAAGAUUUUUCUCCAAGACCAAUUCCUAGUCCUCAUCCAGUGAGUCAGAAGAUUUCUAAGAUCCAACCAUCAGUUCCUGAACUUUCUCUUGUGUUGGAUGGCAAUUACAUAGAGUCAAAUCACCUGUCUAAUCCACUGAAAAUGCCAAACACUGAAAAUCUUCCCUUGCUGGUGAACCACUCUGAACACUUGAAGCCAUUGCAACCUGAGCUUUAUGAUGAGAAACAUAGCCCAGAAGUUGAAGCUGGAGAGCCUUCGUUGAAAGGGAUUCCCAAUCAGUUAAACGAGGGCAUUGCUUGUUUGAGACAUUGCCAAGUAAGAGACUCAUCUCCCUAUAUGAAAGGAAACCCCUAUUUCAGGAACAACAGUACCAAACCAUCUUCUCACACUGUGCUACCUCCUGAUAUAUCUGAGAAGCUUCAAGCAGUUUCUGCUGGGAAUAAACAAAAAGAAGACUAUCCCGGAAGAGCAUCCACAUUUAAUUCUAGGCAGUCUUCUCUUGCCCCACAGUCUCACCCACACAAUUUUAUGUUCUCACCACCUAAUUCAGGAAGACCAAUGGAACUUCAGAUACCUUCUCCCUCCCUACCAUCUUUCUAUCCCACAAAUGUUUGCAGUUGCUGUCAGCAUCAUGGCCAUGUUCAGUACAGUACAAUCAAUUCUUGGCAAGGAAUAAAUACAGCAGGAUCUAUUCAAGACCUCCAGUCUGCAGCCCUUCAAAAGCAUUCUUUAUUUCACCCAACUGGAGGCCCAGCUCUGUACCACAAUGCAGUCUAUUCUUCAAGUAGUCCUAUCACCUCAAGACCUCAAGGAAGCAUGGGCAUUUGUUCUCCUCACAACAAUGUAGAACCAUCUCCAGUGGCAGGACCUCCACAUGCUGACUCAUGUAACCCACAGCCUUGUCCAGUAUGCAUGCACACACCCAAGACUGGUUCGGAUAAUGGAAUGAUGGGGCUAUCACCAGAUGCAUAUCGGUUUGUCACAGAGCAAGACAGACAGCUGAGACUACUUCAGGCCCAGAUUCAGCGUUUAUUGGAAGCACAGUCUCUGAAGGCUGGCUCUUCUAAGACAGCUGCUGGUGAAGAUGCAAGACAAGUCGAGCUGGUAUCCAUGGAAACACCCUCUGACUCACCUGGCAUAAACUUGAGAAAAAGUGUAAGCAUUGCUGUGAGCACAGGUGCUAGCUUAUUUUGGAAUGCAGCAGAUGAUGGUCAAGAGCCACACUCUCGGCUGAAGCAAGAUGAUACCAAGAUUUCCAGUGAGGAUAUGAAUUUUUCUGUUGAUAUGAUUAAUGAAGACACAAAUCUUCCAGAUAAUGCAUCUUCACUAAAAGCAGUUGACAUUCCCAGUUUUGAAGAGAGCAGUGUUGCUAUAGAAGAAGAACUUAAUGAGCCACUUUCUGAAUCCAACAGCUCUUCAGAGGUAACCAAAGAACCCGAUGUGCCUGUAUUCUUCCCAAAUGCUUUGCUGGCUGAGAGCGUGAGCAUGUGCUUACACACUGGACCAGCAGAGGGUGCCAGCGACAACACUGCAACUGCAAUGUUGGGGAGACCGAAAAGUGAGCAGGUGAUGCAUACAUUGCCUCCACAACUAACAGAUAACCAGAAAAUUUACCAGGACUUGUUGGGUCAAGUGAACCACUUACUGAGUAACUCCUCAAAUGAAAAUGAGCAGCCAUCUCCUAAAGCAGUGGUUAUCAGCCAUGAAUGUACCAAAACCCCAAAUGUUUAUCAUGCAAAGAAUCACAAUUCAGGAUUGGUGGACAAAGAUUGUGUUCUUAAUGCAACUCUUAAACAACUAAGAAGCCUGGGAGUAAAAAUUGAUUCUCCCACUAAAGUGAAGAAAAAUGCACAUAAAGUAGAUCAUGCCAGUGUGCUGGCAUGCAUCAGCCCAGAAGCAGUGAUCUCUGGAUUAAACUACAUGUCAUUUGCUAAUGUUGGCAUGAGUGGUGUAAGCCCCACUGGGGUGGAUUUGAGCAUGGAGGCAAAUGCUAUAGCUCUGAAAUAUUUAAAUGAAAAUCAGCUCUCACAACUGUCUCUCACUCGAUCAAACCCAAAUAACUGUGACUCAUCUUUUAGCCUUCUACAUAUUAAUGCAGACAGAAGCACUGUGGGUCUUAGCUUAAUUUCACCAAACAACAUGUCAUUUGCAACAAAAAAAUACAUGAAGCGAUAUGGACUAAUACAAAGCAGUGACAAUAGUGAGGACGAAGAGGAGCCUUCCAACCACAUAGACAGCAAGGGCGACCAUUUAUCAGCUCAGAAUGCUGCAUCCAUACCUAUACAAAUUGGUUAUCAGAAAGACCCUCCUAGGAAUGCCCAUGAAAUACCUAAUUGUUAUGACUGUGAAUUCGAGGAUACACAUACAGUGUUGAGAAAUAUUACAAAUGAAGUUGUACGGCCAAAAGGAACACAGCAUUUAAAUGGAAACCCAGCUUUCUUAUUAAAGAACCUUAAACUAAGCCCUGCAGUGAACUUACGAUCUGGAAAAGCAGAGUUUACUCAACAUCCUGAGAAAGAAAAUGAAAAGGACGGUCUUGUUUUUCCUGAAAGCUUGCAACCCUCUGAAACUUUGAAGCAAAUGAAUAGCAUAAAUUCAGUAGGCACCUUUUUAGAUGUAAAGCGUCUUAGGCAAUUGCCAAAAUUAUUUUAAAUCUUUGACUCCUCCCUACUGAUGAGGAUUGGAUAUCUCUAUACCUGAAGACAAAGCCUUGUAGCUUGGGGAUCCCUAAUCAUUGAAGGAGUCCAUCUGUUCUUGGCAGCAGUCAACUACAAAUUGCUGAACAAGUGACUUGAUGUAGGAUGACUGGCUUAUAGGAAAGCCAAGUUCUUGUUCAAGUAGGGCUUCUCAGCAUCACUGAAACCUGAAAAAAAAAUAAAAGCUCUCAAGAUCAGUUAUUUAAGCAUAUGAAGGUAAACAGAUGCUACUCAGCUCUUAGUCUGAAUCUGAAGUAUUAUUUUAUGCUGUGUUUUAAGAAGUCUGCUUUGCUAGCUUCUUGCAUCUCUGGAUCUACCCUGUACCAGUAACACAACACCAAGUUAUCAUGAUCUCAGCUGAAUUAGCAAAAUCAAUCCUUCUUGAGUGUAAGGGGAAAGUUAUUUUUUAAAAUAACUUGAGACCUUGAUGGAAGAGUUUCCUCUUAAUUAGGAUGUGUAGUGUUAAACUCUGUGGAAAUAAAAUUUUUUCAGUCUGAUGUGUUGAUGUUAAUGUAACAUCUUGAACCUAUAGCACUAACUGUCACAGAAUAGGAAAAUAAUUGAAUUAAAGUACCUUUUGUAAAUGUUUUUUUCAAAUGUCUUAUUUUUUUUUAAUAGAACUGAAUAAAAAUAUCUACAUGGA